AAUUUCUCCCUUUUUUCACAAAAUUUUCUUGAAUGUCUGCGAUUCGUCCAUCUCCGAUUCCAAUCCCGAGAUGCAGAUCCCACACACUGUACCGUCGCCUUCACUCGAUCCACUUGCUCGACCAACGCCACCACCAACGACGUCGACGGUGGAAUCCGAGGUCCGAAGCGGAGGAUACCGCGGCUGAAUCGUCGACGGCUCGGUCUCCGGAGGCGGCGGGAGGGAAAAUGGUGGUGGAGCUAGUCGGAGCUUUCAACGAAGUGACGGAGAGGAUGAACUCGGUUUGGCUGUCGACGUCUUCGUCUAGGCUGCUCUUCAAGGCUCUGAAGCUCUCCAUCCCGAUCUUGCAGUCUCUCCCUCUCGCCUCUGACGGUCGCUCUCCCCUCUCCAAGGCUCUUUCCCUUUCUAUCCUCCUCGCCGAUCUCCAGAUGGACGCUGAAGUAAUCUCAGCGAGCAUAUUAAGUGAAGUGGUGGAGGCCAACGCGAUAACCAUACACGAAGUCAGAGACCAGAUCGGUACCGGAACUGCUCAUCUGCUUCACGAGAUCUUCCGCGUCAAAAACAUACCUUUCAAAGUCGAUGUCCUUGACGACGAAACAGCUGCUUCCCUGAGAAAGUUCUACCUCACCUACUACGACAUCAGAGCUGUGAUCAUGGACCUCGUUUCAAAGCUUGAUGAGAUGAGGCAUUUGGAUCACUUGCCGAAGUAUCGCCAGCAGAUUCUCUCCCUCCAAGUGCUGAAGAUCUACUCUCCUUUGGCUCACGCCGUGGGAGCUAAUCAACUCUCGCUUGAGCUCGAGGACGUCUCUUUCCGUUAUCUUUUCCCGUGCUCGUAUCUUUACUUGGAUUCAUGGUUGAGAGGCCACGAGAACGGGUCGUUGAUAGACGUGUACAAAGAGCAGCUUCAUCGGUCUUUGAAAGGUGAUUUGGUUUUGUCUGGGAUGGUGGAUGAUGUGUAUGUGAAAGGAAGGUAUAAAAGCCGGUACAGCAUGAUGAAGAAGCUUCUUAGAGAUGGGCGUAAACCGGAGGAAGUGAACGACGUGCUUGGUCUGCGGGUGAUAUUGAUGCCAAACGAUGAUGAGGUUGGCGAAAAGGCUUGUUACAGGACGAGCGAGAUUGUUCGGUCGCUAUGGAAAGAGAUUUCGCAUAGAACUAAAGACUACAUUGCUAAGCCGAAGGCAAAUGGGUAUAGGAGUUUGCAUAUGGCGGUUGAUGUUAGCGAUAGUGAUCAGACAAGACCUUUGAUGGAGAUUCAGAUACGGACAGUGGAUAUGGAUGGGUCUGCUAACGCUGGAACAGCAUCGCAUUCUUUGUACAAAGGCGGUUUAACCGAUCCAAAAGAGGCGAAGCGGCUUAAGGCGAUAAUGAUGGCAGCAGCGGAGUUAGCAGCCAUUCGUCUCAAGGAUCUCUCAUCUAAUAAACAACAAAGUCUCAAGACGACAACAAACCAGAGAGACAGAGUGUUUUGCCUUUUGGAUAAAAAUGGCGAUGGGAUGAUCAGCAUAGAGGAACUAAUGGAAGUGAUGGAAGAGCUUGGAGCUCCAGGUGAAGAUGCAGAGGAGAUGAUGCAGCUUCUUGACUCUAACAGCGAUGGAUCUCUUAGCUCAGACGAAUUUGAUACGUUUCAGAAACAAGUAGAGUUCAUGCGUAAAUGGGAAGAUAGAGAUAACGAGUAUAAGAGCCUUUUAGAUGAGAAGCUUCAUGAUCUGCCACAUCAAGAUGCGACUGGUUUGAUUCAGUUAUACAACAAAGAGCUUGAGGACCGUCUCUCUAGCCAUUAAAUACCAAACCAUUUUUCUACAAAUAUGUAUCAUUUUAUCAAUAUAUCCGACCACAAUGUGUGUAUGGUUUAACAGUCAAUUCAGUGUAGGUUCUUGUUAUACAUGGAACCAAGUUGUUUAGUGUUUAUCUUUGCAUUGCACUCUAA